UUCUUCUCCAACGCUCCCACCAAACCAAACAGACACCCGUCAUAAUUUCCCUGUUCACCAUAUAAAUUUCCCGUCUGCCCAUUCUUAAAAAGAAUAAAACAAAAAAAAAAAAGUCAAGCAAACCAACAGCUGAAGAUGGCCCUCUCGACUCACCGGACCACCACCGCUCUCCUACGCCACCUAACUCCUGCUAUCUCUUACCUCCGCCACAUCUCCACCGACUCCACCUCCACAAUCACCGUCGAAACCAGCGUUCCCUUCACCGGCCACAAGAUCGACCCGCCCUCCCGUUCCGUCGAUACCACAGCACAAGAACUCAUGUCGUUCUUCCGCGACAUGGCCUUGAUGCGCCGGAUGGAAAUUGCCGCCGACUCUCUCUACAAAGCCAAACUCAUCCGCGGUUUCUGCCACCUCUACGACGGCCAGGAAGCGGUGGCGGUCGGCAUGGAAGCCGCCAUCACGAGAAAGGAUUGUAUCAUCACUGCCUACAGAGACCAUUGUAUCUUUCUAGGCCGCGGGGGAACUCUAUUGGAAUCGUUUUCUGAAUUAAUGGGGAGGAAAGAUGGGUGUUCCAAGGGGAAAGGGGGUUCGAUGCAUUUCUAUAAGAAGGAAGGGGGAUUUUACGGAGGACACGGGAUUGUUGGGGCUCAGAUUCCUUUGGGGUGCGGAUUGGCGUUUGCUCAGAAGUAUAAAAAUGACGAGAAUGUUACUUUUACUUUGUAUGGUGAUGGCGCCGCGAAUCAGGGGCAGUUAUUUGAGGCUUUGAAUAUGGCUGCUCUUUGGGAUCUGCCUGCCAUUUUAGUCUGCGAAAACAAUCACUAUGGAAUGGGGACAGCAGAAUGGAGGGCAGCAAAAAGUCCAGCUUACUACAAGAGAGGGGAUUAUGUUCCUGGUUUGAAGGUAGAUGGUAUGGAUGCCCUUGCUGUGAAACAGGCAUGCAGAUUUGCCAAGGAACAUGCCCUGACGAAUGGGCCAAUUAUUCUGGAAAUGGACACCUAUCGAUACCAUGGUCACUCUAUGUCUGAUCCUGGAAGUACAUACCGAACCCGUGAUGAGAUCUCUGGCGUGAGACAGGAGCGUGAUCCAAUUGAAAGAGUCAGGAAGCUCUUAUUAGCAUAUGAUAUAGCCAAUGAAAAGGAGCUGAAGGAUAUUGAAAAAGAAGCGAGAAAACAAGUUGAUGAAGCCAUUGCAAAAGCAAAGGAGAGCCCUCUGCCUGAGCCUUCUGAACUGUUCACAAACGUAUAUGUCAAAGGAUACGGGGUGGAGUCUUUUGGAGCGGACAGGAAAGAAAUUAGAGCUGCACUUCCAUGAAGCAAAAAUUUGAAGGAACCACCUGCUAGGACCAAUGUGAAGCAAAAGAAGAACAUUUUUAGACAAUAAUACUUGCAAAAAUAGAAAGUUUUACGCUAUAUUUGGGAGGACUGGUGCAGUAUUCAUCGACUCCUUUGUUUGGAUAGGAACGGUUCUUCCCUAGUGCUCCUUUUGACAGCUGAGUGGUUGUGAUUUUCUGGAAAGCAAAGCUGGGGGAUUACGAGAUUCAUUCUGUUCUGUUUUCUUUUUCGAGGAAGUGGGAUGUAUUGAUAUGCAUAAAGCAAUUGUCACGCUUGCAUUUCUGCAGGGGAGUUUUGUCUCUUUUUGUGAGGUUCUUAAAAGAGUCUCUCUGUUACUUUCAAGUGAAAUUUAAUUUCUGUUAAAAGCACUGCUGCACCAGAGUCGUCGGUGGAUAUUCACCUUUACAACUCUUUGAAGUGGCCGCCAGACCGCUACAGGUGCAUUAUGUUAUGGCCCUUUGUGGAAGACCUUACAAAUCAUGCAUUUUAUUCA